AUGAUAAUACAACAACAGAUUAAUGACGUGAAACGAUUAUGGGCGAAUAAGCGGCAAUUAGCCAACCAGGGUCUAAAUCUUGCCAUGGUUGUGUUAGUUGCAUUGAUGAUAUGGAAAGGACUUAUUGUCUAUACAAAGAGUGAAUCACCAAUUGUUGUCGUACUCAGUGGUAGUAUGGAACCAGCUUUUCAACGGGGUGAUAUUUUGUGUCUAGAUAAUACGAAGCCACAACUUGAGGUGGGAGAUAUUGUUGUGUAUAAAGUCAAGGGCCGAGAGAUUCCUAUUGUACAUCGUGUUUUGGAACUUCAUGAACGGGGAUCGGAUCAAUACCAUGUUUACCUGACUAAGGGAGAUAACAACAAUGUGGAUGACCGUGGAUUGUACGCGUAUGGUCAGUCGUGGCUUGAUCGUGAAGAUAUUGUGGGCAUUGCUAGAGCCUCCAUUCCUUAUGCUGGUAUGCUGACCAUUUUACUGAAUGAUUACCCAUUGUUCAAAUACCUCUUGGUGGGUGUAAUGGGUGUGCUAGUCUUCACGCAGAGAGAGUAG